UUGUCAUUGAAUCCUCUCCGAUUUUUUUCGGGUGCAUUUUCUUGUUUGAAAAAUCGACUAGGCCUAAAGUUUUUAUGGCCGUUUUCGAAUCCACGGUUUCGGCUCAAGAUUGGGCGGUUGUUUUGACACUAUUGCGCGUGGUGCUUUCAUGGAUAGGAUCCAGUAGACGAGAGGAAGGAGCCUGAAGCCCAAUCCAAAGCCGAAGCCGUAGUUUCGAAAAGGGCCUAUUAAAACUAGAACUACCAAUAGAGGGCGUGCUCCACCACGUUCAUUCUCAUCCAAGAUGGCAGCCCAUGUGGACGGCAAGAUGACCGAAACUCCAGCCAUGAUGACAGAACCAGAGUCAACUAACAUCCCCAAAGCCAAUAUUUCAAGGUAUAAGAAUAAGCAGAAGCGAGCAGAGGUGUAUAGGAAACUCAAGGCCCAACUGAAGAAGGACAAGUUGAAGGAGAAGCAAAGGAAGAAGUCAGAGAGGAAGAUGCUUGGAGACAAGGCUCCUCCGAAGAAGGCUCCCAAGACCAUAGAGAGCAUGAGGGUGUAUGACGAGACCAUGGUGGACCCACAGGAUGAAGAGGUAACACAUGAUGAAGACCAGGAUGAAAUGUCCUCCUACUUCAAGCGAGAGACACAACCUAAGGUCCUUAUAACAGCGUCCGACAUCUCAAGACAUAAAUGUAAAAUCCUCUGUCGGCAGCUACAGACGUGUAUCCCUAAUUCUGAGGUGUACCCUCGUCGCCUCUCUGCCCUUAAGAAGGUCAUCCCUAAGGCUACAGAGAAAGGCUUCACUGACCUCAUAGUCAUUAAUGGAGACAAAAAGCUGCCUAAUGCUAUGUUGAUAUGUCAUCUACCUGACGGCCCCACGGCUCACUUCAAACUCUCCAGUGUGAAGCUGAGGAAAGAAAUCAAGAGGUGUGGUGAUACAACAGACCAUCUUCCUGAGCUCAUUCUCAACAACUUCAACACCAGGCUUGGCCACAGUAUAGGGAGGUUGCUAGCUGCGUUGUUUCCGCACGAUCCAAACUUUGUCGGGCGACGCGCCGUCACAUUUCACAACCAGAGAGAUUACAUCUUCUUCAGGCACCACAGGUACAUCUUUCGGAAUGCAAAGAAAGUUGGUCUCCAGGAACUUGGGCCGAGGUUCACACUCAAGCUGCGUUCACUGCAAAAGGGCACAUUUGACUCCAAGUUUGGCGAGUACGAAUGGGUACACAAGAGGCAUGAGAUGGAAACGAGUCGCAGGAAGUUCUUUCUGUAGGUUUCCUUCUAUUAUUUUGGCAAGAGUUUCCCAAAGGUAAAAAAUGUCAAGUUCCAGUCCACAAUGCAAACGAUGAAGAAUUUCUUGGGCAGUAACCACCAUAAAGGUUUUUUUUUAUCUCUCUCUGAAUUUCUUAACUUGGAAGAUGCCACAGUGACUGCACAACCAAGUAUCACCACAAAUCCUCAAAUCAAUCCGUCAACAUUUAUACAGCACAGGGCUCGAAGAUUACACUGGACCACAUGCCAAGAGUAGUGGUGACACUAGACCAAAGGUCAGGGGGCAGUAGUUUUGGUGACACUGGACCACAGGCUUGAGGCCAGUAGUUUUGGUGACACUAGACCAUUGACCCGAGGCCAGUAGUUUUGGUGACACUAGACCAUUGACCCGAGGCCAGUAGUUUUGGUGACACUGGACCACAGGCUUGAGGCCAGUAGUUUUGGUGACACUAGACCAUUGACCCGAGGCCAGUAGUUUUGGUGACACUAGACCAUUGACCCGAGGCCAGUAGUUUUGGUGACACUAGACCAUUGACCCGAGGCCAGUAGUUUUGGUGACACUAGACCAUUGACCUGAGGCCAGUAGUUUUGGUGACACUAGACCAUUGACCCGAGGCCAGUAGUUUUAGUGACACUAGACCAUUGACCUGAGGCCAGUAGUUUUGGUGACACUAGACAAUUGACCCGAGGCCAGUAGUUUUGGUGACACUAGACCAUUGACCUGAGGCCAGUAGUUUUGGUGACAGUAGACCAUUGACCCGAGGCCAGUAGUUUUGGUGACACUGGACCAUAUGCCCGAAGCCAGUAGUUUUGGUGACACUAGACCAUUGACCCGAGGCCAGUAGUUUUGGUGACACUGGACCACAAGCCCGAGGCCAGUAGUUUUGGUGACACUGGACCACAAGCCCGAGGCCAGUAAUUUUGGUGACACUGGGCCACAUGCCCGAAGCCAGUAGUUUGGGCAUCGGGCCAUUAAAUUUAUGACCAUACAAGCCUGUUGGUCUUUGUGUUUUUGAAUAAGAAUACCUCACUGUGUAUUGUAGUUUGAAAAACUAUGUUCAAGUGUUUGCUUUGAGUCUUAUACAUCACUUUCAAUUGCUAUUAGAAUUUAGCAUCAGCAAAAAUUUAAAAAAACUUUUCCCAGUGCUUGUUCAAACCUUCCUCAAUGGUUCAAAUAAAAACAGUUAAAUUGAGACACUGUGUUGAUGGCUUUGUUUUCAUUUUGACUCUGGUCUUGUGACAAAUUUGUUAGUACAGUAAACAUUCAUUUUGAGCUGCAAGCCCUUCAGUAAUCAGUAUUGUUGAUUUCCCCCAAGACAUCAAUCUCUGAAGUGCCCCAGAUCAAAGACUUGAUCUAAGGCGCUGUGGCAUAGAAAAAACAAAGAAGUCAAUCGAGUAGGCCUCCUGAGGGAAGUGGGCUUUCAGUAGUAUCUUAAAAUGUCUUGGAGGAUGUGGUAUCCUUGAUGUGAUUAUUCCAGAGUUUGGGUUUUCAGACUUGGGAGGACUCUAUCUACAGAAGUAGAGCUGCUAGACUACAGAAUGAUAGUUCUGCAAAUUUCUGCUCAGCAAAACUAAGCAGGAAACAACUUACAAAUGGUGACCCUUUUCUGUUAAGCACAGUUGUUUUGUGCUAUACUUAUUGGGGGCCAAGUCGUCAUGAUCAAAGCAGGCCUGUGGCUGCACAUGGUAUUAAAAACUCAAACAAAGUUUUUGCACUCGAUCCAUAUCAAAUACGUGGAGGGCGUGUGCAAGCAUGCAGUAUCUGGGUGGGAGUAAUUCCUUUUGUUUCUCAACUCAUAAACCACACUUGCGUGUUGUUUUCAAGAGCUUGAAUCUUUCAUUUACUUGAAGUAUUUUCGACCUUCAUGUUCCUUGUAGAAUAUGAAAUGAUCUUCAAGUAAAAAUGCUGAAGGGUUUUGUUUUGCAGGAAUAUUGCCCUUUGUCUGCAUCAUGUUUGUAGCCAGUGAAAAGGUCCCAUAAACAAGUCCUCUAAACAGUACUUGAGGAAUAAACAAGGAAGGCUUGUGUCGUCUCAAAACAUGGAGCUGUAUGCUCAGACUGUCUCUUUUGUAGAGGAUGCCUACAGAGCUUCUAUUGGAGCAAGCCCAGAGAAGUAGUCUGCUAGUUACAAAAUGGUUGCGUCUG